AUGCCCUCCCUUUUCUGCCUUGCAGCCGUGGGCACGCAGGCGAGCAUCCUUUUCACCAAAGAGCCGUACUCGCAGGAUGCCCUGCACGGCCGCAGCGCCAUCCUCCGCUGCGAGGUGAAGGAGCCGGCGGACGUGGAGUUCCAGUGGCUGCAGGACGGAAUUCCCGUCCAGGACACGGAGCAGCGCUUCAAGGAGGGCAGCAACCUCCAGUUUGCCGCCGUGGAUCGGCACCGGGACGCCGGGCUCUUCCAGUGCCUGGCGAGGAACGUGCUCACCGGGGAGGAGGCGCGCACGGCCAACGCCUCCUUCAACAUCAAGUGGAUUGAGACAGGCAGUGUGGUUCUGAAGCAGCCGGCCAGCGUAGCUGAGAUCCAGCCCUCCUCCACAGUGGUGCUGCGGUGUCACAUCGAUGGCCACCCACGCCCCAUGUGGCAGUGGUUCCGGGACGGUGUCCCCCUCUCGGAGAGCCACAGCUCCUACUCUGUCAGCAACAAGGAGCGGACACUGACCCUGCCGAGCGCCAGCCCCGAUGACAACGGGCUCUACUCCUGCUGCGCCCGCAGCGCCGUCGGCUCCGUCUGCAGCCACAACAACUUCACGCUCAAUGUCAUCGAUGAGAGCUUUCCUCAGGCAGUGAUCGUCCCUCAGGACCUCAUCGUGACCAAGAACGAAGAGGCCAUGUUUGACUGCCAGUUUGCAGCUGUGCCCCCUCCCACGCAGGAAUGGCUCUUUGAAGACAACCCUGUCACCAACAGAUCCAAGACCACCGUGUUUGCCAAUGGCUCCCUGCUGAUCACCCAGGUGAGGGCUCGCAGCACCGGUGUCUACAAGUGCGUUGGCCACGGGCAGAGGGGGAAGAGUCUCGUGCUGAAGGCAACUCUGCGGCUGGCAGAGAUUGAAGACAUGGCGCCCUUCUCCCCAAAGGUGUUGACAGCAAACCAGGGGCACCGCGUUUCCUGCACUGCCCCACAAGGCAUACCCACACCCCAGGUCUGGUGGGAGAGAAACCAGGAACGAGUUCCCACUGCUGGCAGGGUGUACCAAGAGGCAGAGCAGCUCAUUUUCACCAGUAUCACAGAGAUGGAUGCAGGGAUCUACACGUGCCACGCUGCCAACAAGGCUGGAGAGAAGAAACAGGAGCUAAGCAUCACUGUGGCUACGGUACCCAAAUGGGUGGAGAUGCCCAAGGACAGCCAGCUGGAGGAGAGCAAGCCAGGAUACCUGCACUGCCUCAGCAAGGCCUCCCUGAAACCCACCGUCACCUGGUACCGCAAUGGCGUCUCCAUUUCUGAGGACUCGCGGUUUGAGAUCUCGGAGAACGGGACGCUGCGCAUCAACAACGUGGAGGUGUACGACGGCACCAUGUACAAGUGUGUGAGCAGCACCCCGGCGGGCAGCAUCGAGGGAUACGCGCGCGUGCACGUGCUGGAGAAGCUGAAGUUCACGCCGCCACCUCAGCCCCUGCAGUGCAUGGAGUUUGAUAAGGAGGUUACAGUGUCCUGCUCGGCCACGGGCCGGGAAAAACCCACCAUCCAGUGGACUAAGACAGAUGGGAGCAGCCUGCCAUCCCACGUCAGCCACAAUGCUGGCAUCCUGUCCUUCCACAAGGUGAGCAGGAGCGACUCAGGGAACUACACGUGCAUCGCCUCCAACAGGCCGCAGGGCGAGAUCCGCGCCACCGUGCAGCUCGUGGUAGCAGUUUACGUCACCUUCAAGCUGGAGCCAGAGCCCACAACGGUGUACCCGGGCCACACAGCCAUGUUCCAGUGCCAGGCAGAGGGGGACCCCGUACCGCACAUCCAGUGGAAAGGGAAGGACAAGAUUUUGGAUCCUGGCAAGCUCCUGCCCAGGAUUCAGAUCAUGCCCAAUGGCUCCUUGGUGAUUUACGACGUCACCUCCGAGGACUCAGGAAAAUACACCUGCAUCGCUGGCAACAGCUGCAAUAUCAAGCACCGGGAGGCAUUCCUCUAUGUUGUAGACAAGCCAGCAGCAGAAGAGGAUGAGGGACCUGCCAGCCACACACCCUACAAGAUGAUCCAGACCAUUGGGCUCUCAGUGGGGGCAGCUGUUGCCUACAUUAUUAUUGUGCUGGGGCUGAUGUUCUACUGUAAGAAGAGGAGAAAAGCCAAGAGGCUGAAGAAGCACCCAGAGGGCGAGGAGCCUGAGAUGGAGUGUCUGAACGGCGGUGCUUUGCUGCAGAAUGGGCAGAUGACAGCAGAGAUUCAGGAAGAAGUGGCCUUGACCAGCCUGGGCAGCAGCUCUGGGGCCAGCAAGCGCCACAGCGCUACGGACAAGAUGCACUUUCCACGUUCCAACCUGCAGACAAUCACAACCCUGGGCAGGGGGGAGUUUGGUGAAGUGUUCCUGGCCAAGGCCAAAGGUGCAGAAGAUGGUGAGGGCGAGGUGCUGGUGCUGGUGAAGAGCCUGCAGACGAGGGAUGAGCAGCUGCAGCUGGAUUUCCGGCGGGAGGCAGAGAUGUUUGGGAAGCUGAACCACGCCAACGUGGUGCGGCUGCUGGGGCUGUGCCGUGAGGCUGAGCCUCACUACAUGGUCCUGGAGUACGUGGACCUGGGGGACCUGAAGCAGUUUCUGAGAAUCUCCAAAAGCAAAGAUGAGUCUCUGAAGCCACAGCCACUCACUACCAAACACAAGGUGUCUCUCUGCACACAGGUGGCCCUGGGCAUGGAGCACCUCUCCAACGGCAGGUUCGUGCACCGGGAUUUGGCAGCCAGGAAUUGCCUGGUCAGCGCACAGCGCCAGGUCAAGGUCUCCUCCCUGAGCCUCAGCAAGGACGUGUACAACAGCGAGUACUACCACUUCCGCCAGGCCUGGAUCCCGCUGCGCUGGAUGCCACCUGAGGCCGUGCUGGAAGAUGAGUUCUCCACUAAGUCGGAUGUGUGGUCCUUUGGGGUGCUCAUGUGGGAGGUCUUCACGCAUGGGGAGAUGCCCUACACUCCACUGGCAGAUGAUGAGGUGCUAGCAGGUCUCCAGUCAGGGAAGACGAAGCUCCCGCCCCCCGAGGGCUGCCCGUCCCGCCUGGCCAAGCUGAUGCAGCGCUGCUGGGCCCCCAGCCCCAAGGACCGGCCCUCCUUCAGCGAGCUUGCCACCACCCUGGGGGACAGCCCAGCUGACAGCAAAGCCUGAGCACCCCAGCCCUUGCUGGUGAAGGAUGUGGCGGGGUGGACAGGGGUCUGUG